ACGGAUUACUUGGCAUUCUAUGAUUGGUUGGACUACAUCACAAAGCUUACUUGGCGAAUUCUCAUUGGUGGAAGCUAUGUGGAAAUUUCUGAUUGCUUUGUGAACCCUAGCCGUGCUCCUAUAUAUACCUACCUCUUUGACGUUGAAAGGGGUUCCACAUCCCUUAGAAAAAUUCAGAAAAAUUAUAUUGUUGCCGUGAGCUUCUCUCAUUUUCUCUCCAUCCUCUAAAGCAAGCCACAGAGUUCAAGCAAGGCCGAAGGGAGAAGAAGGAGCCGUGACUAUUCCUCCACCAUCCACCAUUGAAGACUUGCUUUCAAGCUUCAAGGAUCACAACGAAAAUCAUCCAUCCUCAUCUUCCAUCCACGGUGUGUACCCUCAAUCCCCGGAAUAGAACGAUCCCUAUUUGCUUAUACUACUAAUGAUAUUUCAGGGUUAAAUUGCGCGCUUGCAAAAAGCGUAUCAUUACUAAAGCUCAGAGAUCAUUAUGGGAACAACUAUCCAUGGUAAACAUACCCACACACCAGCAAUUUGACAUUCUUGGAGUGCAAGCAGGAGGAUUUCAGUACAUUGGUUGUACACAACAAGAUUUGUACAAUCUUGAAAGGGAUAAGCGUAAAGAGACAAAAGGGCAUGAUGGAGAAAUGUUGCAUGACUACUUUCUGCUAGAGCAAGAAAAAAAUUCCGGGUUCUUUUUCACAAUAAAGGCAGAUGUUGAAAAUAGGAUUACUCAUUGUUUUUGGGCUGAUGCAAUUUCGAGACAGUCGUAUAAGUUUUAUGGUGAUGUGAUUAUCUUUGACACAACAUACCAAACCAAUCGGUAUAGUUUGAUUUUUGCACCAUUGAUGGGGAUAAAUAACCAUGGUCAGACAAUUGUGUUUGGAGCUGCAUUCUUAAGUGACGAGACUACAGCUUCGUUUGGGUCUUUUACACAAACGGCAUUUGAUUUCAGAUCACAUUGACAUCAAUGAGAAGCCAAGAUUUAAGUGCCCCAUUAAGAUGGAAAAGCAAAUGGCUGCUAUUUAUACACGGAAGUACUAUUACAUAUUUCAAGAUCAGUUGUGGGAGAGCUACAGUUACAAUCUUGAGGUCACAAAGGAGGAUGAAACUAAUUGUAUACUUAAGGUUAUGCGUCAGGAUCAUGAGGAUGGAAGAGCCCGAGUCAUUAUGUAUGACAAAUCAAAAGAUUUUGCCUCAUGUAGCUGCAAAUUGUUUGAGAGUGCAGGAGUCCCAUGUAGACAUGUUCUAGCAUACUUACACAAGUUACAUCAAGUUCAUAAAUUGCCAGAUCAAUACAUUUUGAAGAGAUGGACAAAAUCUGCAAGAUCUGAGGUUGUGAUGGACAAGAUUGACAUGGAGAUAACUGUUAGGAAGUCCUUACUUGAAAAACGUGGUCUACUGUUCCAGCAAUAUUCACAUGUAAUUGAUAGCGUUGUCUUAAGUGAAGAAGCAAGUCAAUUGUUUCGUGAAACAAUGGAUUCUUUGAUUGAGAAGAUUAGGCCACUACUUGCCAAUAAUAGCAGUGAAGGUGUGGAGCCUUGUGCAAAAACAAGUUCAACUCAUCAGAUUGAUUUGAGAGAACCAGAUGAAGUUAAGACAAAAGGAAGGGCUAAAAGAAUUAAGAGAGGAAAAGAGAAGGAAAAUGGAAAACGCAAUAGUUCCGGUAGACAUUGUCAUGGAUGUGGCAAAGAUGGGCAGACCCAUGACAAACGCAAUUGUCCACUGCUCAAUCAAUCUGCUGAUGUUGAUACAAAUGAAAAUUUUAGUGAAGAUGACAUUGAUACUGAUAGUUAUUCAUCACAGGUAAUAUUAAUACCUCUCUAUACAGUCUGAAAUUUUUUCCUGAAAGAAUUAAUACCUUCCUUUUUCCCAUGUACAUGGUGUGGUCAGGAUGAUUAGCUGCUGUUGUGCUUGAUGAAGAAGUGUUUUCUUUUCAGUAGUAAUUUUGGAGAGACAGAGGAGACAUGCUGUGCUUGAUUAGCUGCUGCUAACGUUUGCUUUUUGGUUCUCAGCAUCAAUGUUGAAGCUAGGUCUGGAAUAGUAGAGUAACACCUGUUUUUGGUUCUACCAUGUCCAUCUUAAUUAUUGGC